AUGCUUCACCCUUACAGCCCGCAAGAGAUGAACAAACCAAUUUGGAAAAUGAUUGGGUCCAUGACAGAUACGAUGAUGAUGAUCGAAAUGCUCGGCCAGAUUCAUCUCGCCUACGCACCCGCGCCCGUCCACGACGAGAUGAUUACGAUGAUGAUCGCAGAGUUUCAGAACCAGAAGAAAGACGAUCUCCAGGAUCUCUUUGAGCGCAUUGCCCCUGUUGACUCUGCCAAGCUCAUGUUUGACCGUGCUGGCCGGUCCACUGGAACCGCUUAUGUUGUCUACCCAUACGUUGCAGACGCACGAAAAGCAAUACGUGAAUUCGACGGCGCAAACGCCAAAGGUCAGCCAAUUCGUCUGGAGCUUCUUCCGCCCACUGCGCCAGCCGCUGGACGAAGCGAACCGAGGACCAGGAGAGACAAUCCUUUCGAUCGAGUCGAGAAUCCUAGAAGUCUAUUCGACAGGGUCGAGGCGCCAAAGGGUAGGGAGAGGAGAGCGCGAAGCGCAAGCCCAGGGGAAGAUAGGGGCUACAGCGGCCGACGAAAUGGUGGAGGCACAGGCCCUGCUUCUAGAGAUAGGCGAAGCGAUAUCAGCAGACCUGCGCCAGAGGGGAUCGAUCGUUACGUGCCUGGACGAGAUGACAGCAGAUCUUCCAGUCGGCGAGCAUAUGGAGGUAGAGAAGGGGGCGGGAGACGACCUGGGGAGAGAAGAGAGCGUGGAGAACGAGCAGGCAAGGAUGGAAGGGAUGGUGAAGGACACCGCCUGGUAAAUGGGCGACCUCGAAAAACUCAAGAAGAGCUCGAUGCGGAGAUGGAAGACUACUGGGGCAAUGCUGGGAAUGCAGAUGGCGCUGCUCCUACCAAUGGUGCUGCUAAUCCCGCUGCCUCUGCCGCACCCGCUGUGCAGGUCACAGCCGCUGGAGACGAUGACAUCGACAUGAUCGAAUAA